CUUGACGAGUGACAGUUGACGGCAAGUUGUCAAACCACAAAAUAAGAAACAGUAUUGAAAACAUCAGCGAUAACGAGUCAGAACAAGACAGAAAUACAAACACAAACGGGAAACCCCCAGUAAGAAAACGAUAAAAAUGUAAAGUUUAUAACUUUCAGACACCGUUGUAACCAGUAGAACAAUCUCAAACAAAAUGUCGUUUUUGCGUGGAUCGCAAAACUAUGUCUGGUCGACAACGAGUGUUUUGGGGAAAGGGGCAACAGGAGCCGUGUACCAGGGAGUAAAUAAAAUCAAUGGUGAACCCGUGGCCGUAAAAACAUUCAACCAAAUGAGCCAUCUUCGACCCCACGAUGUUCAGAUGCGUGAAUUUGAGGUGUUGCAGAAAGUCAAACACGAGAACAUUGUCAAGUUGUUGGCUAUUGAAGAAGAACAAGAGAAUCGUGGAAAGGUGAUAGUCAUGGAAUUGUGCACGGGGGGAAGUUUGUUCAAUAUCUUGGAUGAUCCAGAAAAUACCUAUGGACUAUCGGAAAAUGAAUUCCUGAAAGUGCUGCAGGAUUUAUCGGCAGGGAUGAAGCAUCUUCGGGAUAAUAAUUUAGUCCACCGUGAUUUAAAACCAGGUAAUAUAAUGAAAUUCAUCUGUGACGAUGGCAGGACCGUCUACAAAUUAACGGACUUCGGAGCCGCCCGCGAACUACCCGAAGGACAACAUUUCCAAUCUCUCUACGGAACAGAAGAAUACCUCCAUCCUGAUCUCUACGAACGCGCAGUAUUACGAAAACACGUUAACAAAACAUUCGGAGCCACCAUCGAUUUGUGGUCGAUAGGCGUUACGCUUUACCACGUAGCUACCGGAAACCUACCAUUCCGUCCAUAUGGAGGCCGCAAAAACAAAGAAACGAUGCAUUUAAUCACCACAAAGAAAGCAAGUGGUGUAAUAUCAGGCAUUCAAGUGACGGAAGAUGGACAAAUCGAAUGGCGAAAAACUCUGCCAGAAAGUUGCCAGUUGAGUCCGGGACUGAAAAAAAUAAUCACCCCACUUCUAGCGGGGUUGUUAGAAGCAGACACCAAGAAGAUUUGGACAUUCGAGAAAUUUUUUACGGAAGUCACUGACAUGCUGUCGAGAAAAAUCGUGAAUAUUUUCCACGUCAACAAAGCGCAGUUGAUCAAGGUGUAUAUUCAUCCGGAUGAGAGUUAUACUCACCUGCAGAAUUAUAUUAACGAACAAACAGAAGUCAGCACUGAGAAUCAAAUAUUGCUGCUGAAGCCGAAUUUGUUUACAGAUAUCGUUGAAGAAAAUAGUAGAGCGGGAGGCUACCCGGAGACUAAAGAGGAAGAACCUCUGUUUCUUUUCAAUAAAGAAAACAACAACGUGACGGUGGUUCCUGAACAAAGCCUUCCUAAGUUCAAUGAGUUCAGCAAUGUGACUUCAGUUGAAAGUGAUGCCGCACAAGCCAAAAACGCGUGCAGUAUAGGUUAUUUGUGUAAAAGACGAAUCGAAAAAUAUUCACUGGCCUGUCGUCACUUCACUAACUGUGUUGAAAAUUUUGUUAUGUAUAUCAACAAAGAACUGAAGGAGGUCAAUCAAGUUUGCGUUCAUCUAUUAGAAAAGACUACUAUACAUAAGAAGACGGCGCAUUUUUUAGAAUCCUCGCAACGGCUAGCUUCAUUUAAGUUAAAUAACGUUCCGCAGAUUACUUACGUCGAUGAAUUGAAACAACUCAGCGAAAGUUUUGUGUCUGAGACUGCCAAAAAAAUAAUGCAACUCAACCAGAGUCAUGUGAUAGAGAAUUCUUUGCAGUCUGAGUGGGACACGUCUAGCCGCCCUUUGAAGUGUCCUGUGAAAUCCAGAGCUUCUGAGAGGGCAAGGACUGAGGUUGAACGUUUGAGAGAUUCGUGGCAACAUUUGGUACGAGAUAGGGCUACUCGUACUCUCUCUUACAACGACGAACAGUUCCAUAUUCUGGAACGAAUUAAAAUCACACACACGAUAAACGGAAGUAAACUUCUUCUACAGAAAGAAGUGUUCCCGCAAUAUAUGCAAUUAGCUGAGAAUUUGGGUGACUGGUAUAAAAUUGCUCAAACUGUGUACUUACAGUUGAUGAUACUAAAGAGGGAUGUUUUGAACUAUGACAACAACUUGAAGAAGUUUGAGUUGGAGAUGUUUAUUAAAAACGAGGAGUAUUUAGAGCAAGUACGAAAAUUGCUUGAACAGGACGCCACUGAUAACUCAAGCAAAAAAAUGAAGAACUCUAAUAAUCAAAAGCUGAAGAUGUGUUUGACUGAGUACAGGAGAGAAAAUGGUCAGAUCAACGAUCUUAUUUCGGAAAAUGCACAAAUUGUGGAACAAGUUAAUCGUAUUUUGGACGAAUUGACUGUUGAAGAAGACUAGGCUUACAAUUUGUAGGUCAGAAGAUUGGUGCUGUGAGACAUUUGUCCAACGUUUCAUGUUUCAUAAAUUUUGUAUUUUGAAGAAUUUGAUCAAGUUGAUACGGAUUUUUUUAUCAACUGAGAUUUUCUUUAUACACUAAGUAUUAUAUAUAUGUAUCUUUAUUACAGAAUUAAAUAAAUGUAUUUUUGUUU